AUGGGGGGGUGCCAUAGCUACCCCUCAGCGUCAGAGGCAGACGACAGCGCUCUUCAGCCGCGGGACGCCAGCCCAGACAAACUGGGCAUCAACAAUAACAUGGUGGAGGAGCGGCUGUACCUCCGGCCCCAGUAUGUGUCCCAAAGGAUCACCGGGGCCAAUGUGCACGCACUGGCCGCCACGCCCCCGGGAGUGGAUCAGGCCGAGUGGCUCGCCAGCAACACUGUGGCCUUCUUCAAGCACAUCAACCUGCUGUCCAGUGCCCUGUCGGAGUUCUGCACCCCCAGCACCUGCCCCACGGCCUGCGGACCUGGCAACACUGUGUACACAUGGACAGAUGAGCAGGGCAGGAAGCUGAAGUGCUCUGCUCCUCUGUACUCAGACUACUCCAUGAGCUACAUCCAGGAGCUGCUGACGGACGAGGAGGUCUUCCCCACCAAAGCAGGCUCGUCCUUCCCAAACGGCUUCAGGUUCCUGGUGCAGAAGGUCUUCCUGCUGCUCUUCCGGAGUCUGGCUCAUGUUUACUGGAGCCACUACCAGGAGACUCUGGUCCUGGGCCUGCAGCCACAUCUCAACACGCUCCUCUCCCACCUGCAUGCCUUCACUCAGCUGCACGGCCUGUUGGAGCCAGAGGACACCCAGCCCAUGCAGGCGCUCCUCUCUGCACUGGGACAGGGCCCGAUGAGAGAGCUGUGA